AACGCCGAGCACCUGGGGAGGUGCCCGGGGGCAGGGAGCAGAUUCGGGAAGAAACUUUGCAGCGGAUUCUCUUCCCCCCCCCGGGGAACCGGGGAGCUGCUGCAGAGCGCCCGGAGCUGGCCGCGCUGGGGUCUGUCUGGCGGCUGCUGCGGCUGCUGCGCUCCGAGGAGCAAGUGCCUUUAGCCUGGAGCCUCCGGGGCCACGGUUAAUAGAGGAGCCAUAAUUCUCCAGACCUACUUCACUCUUCUCUCAAUUUCCUGCCAAACCCUGGUGUACAGAUUGCAAGAAAGUCUCUACUUUGGACCUCAUGGCUCUCUGCCUUUGUCAACUUCUGUAAACAAUGGGAUAUUAACAUCUCUUGGAGAAGAAGAUUUGGCUUCUUUUCCUGAAGUUGGGGCAUCAACAGUGGAUCCUGGAUGAAAAGAAAAAAAAAUCAGAUGGCUAACAUCUCCUUGUUGUAUUAGAAAACAAAGUCAGCCAUAAACAAGUGUAUGGUCAUCUUAGAAGUGCAGAGAUCAAAGAAAAAAAAAUAGGACAGAAAUUGAGGAGAAAUAAAAGUUACCACCACUUCCCUGUUUGGGUGAAGGUCAAGGGCAAUGGAUGUCAUAGAGACAGCAAAGCUUGAAGAACAUAUGGAAAAUCAAACCAAUGACCCUGCAAAUAGUUACACAAGACCUACUGAACCUACUGAUGAAGACAAUAAAAAUGGCAAUGGCAAACCCAAGAGCUUAUCCAACGGCUUGCGAAAGGGUGCCAAAAAGUACCCGGACUAUAUUCAAAUUUCUAUGCCCGCUGAAGCAAGGAACAAAUUUCCCCUAGAAUGGUGGAAAACAGGCAUUGCUUUUGUCUAUGCCCUAUUCAACCUAAUCCUGACGACCGUCAUGAUCACAGUUGUACAUGAGAGGGUGCCUCCCAAGGAGCUCAGCCCUCCACUACCGGACAAGUUCUUCGAUUACAUUGAUCGAGUGAAAUGGGCAUUUUCUGUAUCAGAAAUAAAUGGGAUGAUAUUAUUUGGGUUAUGGAUUACCCAGUGGCUGUUUCUGAGAUAUAAGUCAAUAGUGGGACGGAGAUUCUUUUUUAUAAUGGGCACUUUAUACCUGUAUCGAUGUAUUACCAUGUAUGUUACUACCCUACCUGUGCCUGGAAUGCACUUCCAAUGUGCACCAAAACUCAAUGGAGACUCUCAGGCAAAAGUGCAGCGGAUCUUGCGACUGAUCUCUGGUGGCGGAUUGUCCAUAACUGGGUCACACAUCUUGUGCGGAGACUUCUUAUUCAGCGGCCACACUGUUGUGCUGACUCUUACUUACCUGUUCAUCAAAGAAUACUCACCCCGCCACUUCUGGUGGUAUCAUUUGAUAUGCUGGCUGCUGAGUGCUGCUGGGAUCAUCUGUAUUCUUGUGGCCCAUGAACACUACACUGUUGAUGUGAUAAUUGCUUAUUAUAUCACAACAAGACUCUUCUGGUGGUACCAUUCCAUGGCUAAUGAAAAGAGCUUGAAGGUUUCAUCACAGACUAAUUUCUUAUCUCGAGCAUGGUGGUUCCCCAUCUUCUAUUUUUUUGAGAAAAACAUACAAGGCGCAAUUCCUUGCUGCUUCUCUUGGCCAUUAUCCUGGCCACCUGGCUGCUUCAAAUCCUCCUGCAAAAAAUACUCACGGGUUCAGAAAACAGGAGAGGACAAUGAAAAAUCCACUUGAAAGGAGGAAUCAUCAGGAAAAAGGCAUAGGCUCUAAGACCAAAACGUUUCAUGCUAUAACCAAAGGUAGAGUUUUGUUUUGUUUUGUUUCUUUAAUAGGAUUGACUGGUAUGUGAAGAAGUGGACCAAAUUUUGUGUAAAUGAUUUGAAAGAUAAACAAAGUAUUGUCCCAUGACAUGGUGUUUAUUUGUCUAGAAAAAAAAAAAAAAAAAGACUUCUGCAGCUCUUUACCCAUUGAUGAUGAGACCCAGGACUGUGACUGACCAAUGAGGUUGUAAAAGAGGUGCCAAAGAACACAUCCCUUCCAUCCCUGGUCCCAUUUCAUUCUUUGCCCUCCAACAAAGCCCUUCCCCUCAGAACUUAGAGCGCAUUCCUAAUCCUCCCCUCUCACCCAGCACAGCAGAAUUUGGUGGUGUUUUAAACAUAUUAUCAGGCUAUAUAUAUAGCUACAGUAUGAAGGAAAUAGUAACUCAAUGUUGGGAAGUAGGUGAUAGCAUUCUCAAGGCUUCUCAUUGGAGCCUCAGUGAGGGUGACACCCGUCAUUCAAGGGGAUGGAAAAUUCUGGGCAAACUGCUGCUGUUUUCACUGCUUUUGGGAGGGGAAAGGAUAGCUUAGAACCCUGGAAUAGUCACUGUUGCUACCACCCAAUGAAUAACAUACCUACCACUUUAUACAUUUUUUUUUUUACUGGUGACUUUAUUUUUUAAAAUAAUGCUAGGCUAAUGUGCUCCAACUGCAAACAUGUCUGGCAACAUCACAAUGGUUUUACAAAUGUGUAAAUACUACAUUUUUAAAGUGUAUUUAAUAGACAUCAAGAAAACAAUACUGGGAUAUUCGUGACAGGACAAUGAAUUUUGCUUCCGUGUUCUGUCCACUAGGGUGUUUGAACUGUCCCUGUGCAGAAAAGGUAGAUGUCAUGGAUUAAAAAAACACUUGUCAAGUCCUCUCCACAAGUUUACUUGUGUGUGGACUAGGUAUAGACUCUAGCAAUGACGAAAGAUCUCUGGUCACACUGAAUUAUGAAGGAUCCUUGUUCUAAAUAUUUACCUCGUCCUUUUUGAAAACUCAAGAUAGAUGCCUACAAUUUUGAUGUAUUCUUGCCUUUUUUCAAAAGACUCCACUAGCCAGAAUAUACUUAGACAGAUACUGUAGUGCUUUAGUCCUUACCCAGUCAGAAUGGUUAUUACUUGGUGCUGAACGAGUGUGUGACUGUUAUAUCUACACAGUGACUACGUGUUUGUUUAUAGAUUUAUUUAAUGAUGUAAUACAAAACAGAAUGGAUUUUUUCUUUUCAAUCUUAGCAGACCGCAUUAUUUAACACUAGAAUAUCUUUGGCUGAUCUCUGAAUUUAUUUCCUCACAUGUUUGAGGGCUAUUUUUAAAGACUUCCAAUAAAACCCAGCAAAAAGAAGUAA